GCAAGUACGUCGCAGCAACAGCUUUCCAUUGGGCCACCUUCCUGACGUCUUUGCUUUGGGUUGGGCUCAUUGCAAAUGAAGUCCUGUCGCUGCUGUCUGUGCUAGGAGAGAUCAUAGGUCUGUCGCCGACAACAAUGGGCAUCACGAUGUUGGCUUUAGGCAAUACUGUGGAUAACGUAUUCGCCUCUUAUGGUCUGGCCACUUCCGGUGAGUUCCUGGUUGCAAUGACGGGCACGUAUGCUGCAGACACGUUCACCAUGCUCUGCGUGGUUGGAUCGAUUCUGUUGAUGCU